AUGCCUCUCGUGAAAAAUGCCAGGUCGCAGGACCAGACGUGCAGGGGCGAGGUUACUCUACCAACGGUACGUGCAGCGAAGGCCUUUUGGCAAGAUGUACGUGAGAGUGUGCAUAUCUUCGCGCAGUCGGCACUGGGCAGUGGUGCGUUAGACGCAGUGACCUUAGCAGCGAAUUUGGAUGCGGCGUGGGCAAGAUCAUUGAGUGAACAAUCAAGGUUGGGCCAAUUUAUAUGCUGCUGCGAGAGCGAUAAAAAAUUAGCAAGGCACUUCGACGCGUGCAAGAAGCGGGUAAAGCGCGCGCUUGAUCCGGCCAACUCUGUUUCAAUUGAGUGGAAUGAAAAUACUACCGCAGGGAUUGGCUUGGCCAUCCUUCGCUGCCAGACCGUUGCUCGCCUGUGCCCAUCUGACCUCCGCGGAUCGGUCCUGACUGACUUGACUUACAGGUGGGAAAGGGCAAAAAAUGGCGAAUACCAUCAACUUCUCGCAGCAAAAAACUCAUUCCACGAUGCGAAUAUGGCCCUCUAUCUCAAAGCCUACACAUUUUCUGCGAUAUGCAUUGAGGAUGAGCCCAACAAAGACUCGGCGAUAGUUGGCCAGGAUAAUUCGCGUGGACGUCGGGAUAGCAGCCCAGUUGACAGUCCAUAUAAAUCUGUUGCUAGAGACAUUGAUGCGACGGCGGCAAGAUCCAUUACUCAACAUACCCGUGACGGAGUGAUGCGGCUACCAAGUUUCCUCUUGCCGCCCGCAGCCAUGUGUUGCUCAGGCUUGGUAGAUACAGACUUCAUCAGUGCAAAGUACAAAUGCACCGGUCGACUCAGGAAGUACUCCAACUACAAGCAGCACUGGAUCCACAUUCCUCGUGCCCUCCUCCUUCUCGAAGAAGAUCUCCGCCUUCUCUUCAAUUGUGAAUUUGACCCGUGUAUUACUUUAGGCACUGCUUCAAAUCAGAAUGCUUCAACCCCCAACCUUGCACUUCAACAAGGGCCUCAACCACUGCGUAUAAAGGAAGUUUACCCCCAGCCCGACUCUAGGACUAGGAUAUGGUCUAGCACCGCUGGCAAUAGCAGGGCAAUUAUCUCACGAGAAAAGGCAAGUCUCGACCUGACUGUCAAAGAUUGCUCCAAGCGCGUGAACACUACAAUUGGUAAGCAUGGCCUUAUGCGUAGAGGCUGGCCGCUAAGAUUUGGUUCGGCAUCGCUAAGAGAAAUGCUAUUCGGUUGGGCUUCAACUGAGGCGCACGAUAUGCACUUCUGCGUUGGGUAUGCAGCGGUGGGGAAAUACCGCAGCCUUGCUGCUGUUGAUGUCGGCCCAACCUGGGAGUAUGCAGAGCGGCACGGCUAUACGCCAUUGGUGCUUGAGGCUGAGGACAUGGAUAGCUUACAAAACCGAUAUUGCCCUGAGUUGGCGUCUGAACUGUCCAUUGCGGAAACUACCAUAGCACUGAAAUACUGCACAGUUUGGUAUGCUCUCGAGCAUGAGAACUGUGAUUAUGUGGCGUGGGUUGAUGCGGGUGCCACUAUUCUUUAUGAAAAUAUACAGCUACAUCAGAUUGUCCAACGUGGCAUCGAUGCAAUUUGGUUCGAGACUGGUCAAGUAGUGCCAACCACUGAUACCUGCCACAAUCACUUAGACGGCCUAGACUCGUCUCAAUUCAUCCUGGGCAACACUGCCAAGGAUGGCUGGUUUCAGGCCUUCGUACAUCUCAAGCUUGCCUUUUCAUCGAUGCCCACAUACUUCCUUGAAAGAUCGGACUGUAAGUGUGAUACCACUCGAGAUGAAUGCACGACACGAUGCCUCUACAAGCACCACCCUGACUGGCUCGACAAGGCCAGAUGCAUAAGAUUAGGCUCUGUGAGUGUCAGAGACCACAUGCAAUUUGGUGACCUAAACCCUGAUAAGCUUCCUUGGCGUCACACGGCAAUCUGA